CGGCGAUCGUUGACAGCGAAGCGUCGCGCGCGUCGCGCAAACAACAAUCGGAACGAUACAACACCAACACAACUUUAGUUCCUCAUUAACAGUUCAGUGGGUGUUAUGGUGUGACUAAAUAGUUCCUUGUGAUUUGACUGACAUCUCUAGUGCUGUUCGAGUUUACUUAUUAUCGGAUAUUGGACAAGUGCAAAAGUGACUGUGCGUGCUUAUGCUAUGCCGCAAAUACUAGCUUAGCAGUCUUCUGCGGGCGAUGCUCACAGGAGAGCAUGUGAUGCCGGCCUUUGACGCCCGGCGCCAUGCCCACGCCGCUGCAGCCCGGCGGCCCCGCUAGCGGCCCGCCCCCGGAGCGCAAGCGGCGCCGCAAGCGCGACGACCCGCAAAGCUCAGCCGCGCUCGAGCCCGACGACGACGACGGCGAAAUGAGCCCCGAGGAGGAGCCCCGCAAUGCUCCCGCAGCACCGGCGGCGCCUACGCCCGCACCUUCCUCUGCACCCGCGCCUACCUCACCCCCUGCCGCACCUGACGCCGUCGAUCUCACUUCCCGGCGGGACUCCCCGCCGCUCUCCUCCGACGUCGAGCGAUUCGAUGGCAAAAUUGUCUACAAUCCUGAUGGAUCAGCCUACAUCAUUGAGGACCCCGAACUAUCAGAGGGUGAAACCAGCUUAUCCGACUUACCUAAAAUAGAACCGGGGUGCAUCGUCGAUAGCCGUGACAGCAACAUUGUCGAGAGACAACUAGAAUUCCCACAGAUCGCGAGCGCUUUCUACGUCUCAAGAAACCCGUCGUUAUAUGGAGCCCUUUACGGUAGAUUGGCAGCAGAGAGAGCACGAGCUAGGCCUGAUGCGCCAGUGAUGCAUAGCUACCGAGUGUUCAGUUUUCGAGGAGCUAAGGACGCGCCCAGACCUACAUCCCCGCCAACAGAAUGUCCUAUCAGCGUACCAGUGAAACCGAUCCUUAUGUGUUUUAUAUGUAAAUUAAGUUUUGGAUAUGCAAAGUCUUUUGUAGCACAUGCGCAGUCUGAUCACAGUUUAUCAUUACUUGAUUCAGAGAGGGACGCUUUAUCAAGAGAGAAUGCAUCUGCUAUUAUUCAAUGCGUUGGAAAAGAUAAAGAGCCACUAGUCUCAUUUUUAGAACCUGUAGGAACGGCCGCACCAUCCCGUGCGCCAGUAUCAGGUAGCCCUGCAAAUAUGUCUGAACUUUCAAGCCCAUCCAUAGACAAAAGAACCGACACAUUAACACCUGAUAGAGAAAAUGAUUCUGGAUUACCAAAUGGUACGUGUGAAGAAAGGAGGCCGAGCCCGAAUGCGUGGAGGCCACCUCGAUCGAUUGCAGAAUCAAUGGUACAGCAGCAUUCCUUGAUCUCAGUAGCACAUCCUCACACAAUAAAUGCUUCUGUGCAGCCACGAAUUAGCCCAAAUUCUUCCCCACCAUUCCAAGCGACACCACCAGCUUUCCUUUCUGGUACUACGAUAGGGGUGUGCCCAGAUCACCUUGGAGGUCGACCUUCAGGAGCAGAAUGCCCUAAAUGCGAGUUAAUAUUGAACUCUGGGAGACUAGGCGGUCCAUUAGCUGGUAUGCAUAGUCGAAACUCUUGCAAGACUCUGAAAUGUCCAAAAUGCAAUUGGCAUUAUAAAUACCAAGAAACAUUAGAAAUUCAUAUGAAAGAAAAACAUCCUGAGGCCGAGACGAGCUGUAUCUAUUGUAUAGCUGGUCAACCUCAUCCUAGACUAGCACGAGGAGAAACUUACACCUGUGGGUACAAACCUUAUCGUUGCGAAGUAUGUAAUUACUCCACUACCACUAAAGGAAAUCUUAGCAUACAUAUGCAGUCUGACAAACAUUUGAAUAACAUGCAAGAGUUACAAAAUGGUGGCAAUCCUGGAGAAGGAAGUCUACCUCCAGCGCCUCAACAUACACCACCAGGUGCUCACAAGCCCCCACUGCCGCAUCAUUCGCCCUUAGGCCAAAAACCUAAGCCAACAUUUAGGUGCGAUGUUUGCAAUUAUGAAACAAAUGUGGCCCGUAAUCUAAGGAUACACAUGACAUCUGAAAAACAUACCCACAACAUGUUAGUGUUACAGCAAAACGUUAAACAUAUGCAAACACUAUCUGCAUUACAUCACAGACAACAGAGCCAGCAGCAGUUGGAAAGCUUAUUACACUUUCACGGUGGCGAUGCACCUCCACCAAAUCCAGAGGCUGCUUUAGCCGAUAUGGCUUACAACCAAGCGCUCAUGAUACAACUAAUGACUGGAGGUCCUGGACCGUCGCCACCUGAAUUAGGAGCCCACCUUGACGUUGGCUUAAACCCAGAAGCCAUGGAACCACCACCGGAACCGGCGGACCCCGAACCAGAAAGAACGUUCCAUUGUUGUAUUUGUAACUGCUUUUCUACUGAUUCCUUAGAAGCUCUCGGUCACCACCUAGCGCAAGAUCGCACCAAGAUAAGAGAGCAAGAGAUUUUGGCACUCGUCGCCGGUCACUAUGUUUGCAAACUGUGUACGUAUAAGACAAAUUUGAAAGCCAACUUUCAACUUCACUGUAAGACUGAUAAACAUUUACAAAGAUUACAACAUGUGAACCAUGUUAAAGAAGGAGGACCAAGAAACGAGUGGAAGUUAAAGUUUUGUGGAGGCGUAGGAACAGGUGGUGCUGGUGUUGGUGGGGUACAGGUCAGAUGCUGCGCGUGCGACUAUUACACUAACUCAGCUCAUAAGCUGCAGCUUCACGCAGCGGGUGCUAGACACGAAGCUGCCACUUUAUUACUGAGACAUCUUCGUGAUUGCGCUUCUCGGAUUCCACGGGAACGCCCUAGGGUGUACCGAUGUGCUCUUUGUGGUUUCGGUGCCCCUCAUCGUCUUCCACUUCUGCAACACGUCCGAUCAGUCAAACAUUUGCAAAUGGAACAAAUACAUCAGCUGCAACGCCGCUCUGAAGGCAAAGACCCAACUCCAGACGUCGCAGAGCUGUUCCAAGUCAUUCCUCAGCCAGCAGAAUUGCCAAGUCCGUUUGAUCAACAAGAAAAUGAUAACAAAGAACCAAUCGAUCAGAAGCCAGAAUUAACUCAAGAGCAGAAGAUGUUGCGAUUCUUAGAACAACAUCAACAACAACAAGUGCAACAACAACAGCAACAACCGCAGCAAAGCUCCAGCGAUAGAGAUGAGGAGCGGGAAACGCCAGGACCGCACCCUUGCCAAUACUGCAAUUUCAGUUGUGGAAGCGAAACUCGGCUACAUGCUCACGUGUCAUCCAUUCAUGGCGAACCAGUGAGACAUUUCAUCUGCCCAUUAUGCCAGGACGCAUUCAAAGAAAGACCGGCUCUUGAACGACAUGUCAUGCAAAUACAUUCAGUUAAUUCGGAGGGCUUGCAGCGGCUGUUGUUGCUAGUUGAUCAAAGUCAUUGGCUCAAUGGUGCCUCCCAAUCACAAAGAGAUGACUCCAAGCAAGGCGAAGAUGAGCGAGAGAUUGCUUCUCCGCGUUCAGAAGGUAGCGCAGACGGCGAAACAGAAAGAUGUUCGACUUGCAACAGAACCUUCCGUAAUGUUGAUGAACUGUGUCAGCACCAAAACGAAUCAGGUCACUUAGAACUGAAACAAACCCCUCAAGGGCCUGGUUAUGUAUGCUGGAAAAAAGGGUGCAAUCGAUACUUUGAUACUGCUCACGCUCUUCAAAAUCAUUUCAGAGAAGCACACGCCCGAAACUCAAUUGCAAACAUGUCUGUAUCUGAAAAACAUGUUUAUAAAUACCGAUGCAAUCAAUGUAGUCUGGCCUUUAAAACUGUUGAAAAAUUACAGCUACAUUCGCAAUAUCAUGUUAUAAGAGAUGCUACUAAAUGUGUCUUAUGUGGUCGAAGCUUUAGAUCUGUGGUUGCCCUUCAAAAGCACGUAGAAACAUCCCACCCAGAACUAUCAGAAGAAGAAUUAAACGCUUUUAAGAGAAGUCUUGCAUCGAAUCCAUUAUUACAAAGUAACCAAGGCACAGCUUUAGAUUCUGUGACGGCUGAGCUGUUACGGAAAGAGGCACUUCGAACACCUGAUGAUGAACUAGCAGAUACAGAGGAUAGAGAUUCCAGCGCUACUGUGGCUGACGAGUCAGGCCAUAACGACGCUGAAAAUUCAGAUGAUUCGAUAAUUUACAAAGAUCAACAAUUCUUGGAAGAUUACUUGAAUUCGCAAGCUAUGGCUGAAGAUUCCUAUAAUGAUCCAAAUAGAAAGUAUAAAUGUCAUCGAUGUAAAGUAGCUUUUACCCGGCAGUCAUACUUGACGGCUCACAAUAAAACACUACUGCACAGAAAAGGUGAAAAACUCACAUAUCCGAUGGAAAAAUAUCUUGACCCCAAUAGGCCAUUCAAAUGUGAUGUAUGCAAAGAAUCGUUCACACAAAAGAAUAUCUUGUUAGUUCAUUAUAACAGCGUGAGCCAUUUGCACAAAUUGAAACGAGCCAUGCAAGAACAACAGAAUAAUAACAACCCUCCCGUGUCGCCGGGGGCAGGCUCGGCGCCCUCCAAUUUAACACUCACACCGAAAAGUACAUCAAGUGAGGAAGACGAUCGAAAACGGUACAAAUGCAACAUUUGUAAAGUGGCUUAUACGCAAGGCAGUACACUCGAUAUUCAUAUGAGAUCUGUACUACAUCAAACAAGAGCGGGAAAAUUGCAAGAGCUCGCUGCGGCCGGACACGUGGACUUGACACGACCUUUGGUAGAGCAACCGGACAGGAACGACCCCGCCAAAAUUUUACAAGACGUGUUGUCGCCAAAAAAUACAUCCCCUUCGUCUACAAGCAGUGGGGGCCCGCGUUCGUCGCCCCCCGCGCGCCCAGGUAGCCCUCGGUCCCCGCGCGCAGGUAGCGCCUCGUGUGAUCGUUGCCACGCGUCAUUUCCUACCGGGGACUUACUCGACGCACACCGUGCGACCUCAUGCCCGUUUGGCGAUGCGCGGGCGCAUUCGCCACUAGGUGACGCAGAAGUCGCGGCAUUAGACGAGAUGGUCGCCAAGGGCAACCCGCCUAAACGAAACUCACAAAUGUAUAAACAAUUGUUAGAAACCUUCGGCUUCGAUCUCGUCAUGCAGUACAAUGAGAACCAGCGGCGAAAAAUGCAAGAAGAACGUGAAAUGGCGCGGGCGCCAAGUCCGCCACCACCACCUCCGGAAGAAAAGCCGCCGGAUAGUGAAACAAAAUCGACGUGUCAACAUUGUAACAAGGAGUUUUCUAGUGUGUUUGUUUUAAAGACUCAUUGUGAAGAAGUGCAUAAAGACAAAGUGCCCUUGGAGUUUCUCGAACAGUUCGCGGAGCAAUUCAAAUCGGAAUAUGAGAGGAAAUCGGGUGCGCCAAACUCACCACGUGCAGCUUCACCGGCGCCGCAGGGUGAGAGGUCCCCGUCACCUCGUGGUGAUGGUGCUGGAAAUUUCAAUGAGAAUGGAAAUUCCUCUGGUGAAGCUCAAGCUGGAGCGUUGUUAGCUGCGCAAGUGCAAGAAAUGCAGGCUGCUUUAAAUAUGCUGCAGCUUCAACAACAAUUGGGUCAGCUCCAUCCGAUGGUUGCACAGAUGCUCUCACUAGGUCUUCCUUUGGGCCUGAACGUUGGGGCUCUGGCAGCAAUGAACCUCCAGCCACCACUAGUGCCGCUGAUGCUGCCACCACCGCCCUUCGAUGCCAUGCCAUUCGCCCACGACGCGCAACUGAAACAACAACAAUUAAUACAGCAACAACAACAGGCAAAUGCUGCAGCAGGGCAGAAACGAGCUCGUACUCGUAUCACAGAUGAGCAGCUUAAGAUUCUUCGAGCACACUUCGAUAUUAACAACUCGCCCAGUGACGAGGCAAUAGCCAAGAUGGCUAAGCAGUCUGGUCUUGCUACCAAGGUAAUAAAACACUGGUUCAGAAAUACGCUUUUCAAAGAGCGCCAACGGAAUAAGGAUUCCCCAUACAAUUUUAAUAACCCUCCGUCGACUACACUCAACCUUGAGGAGUAUGAAAAAACAGGUGAAGCUAAAGUCACUCCAUUAGAUACAUCUGCCAGCUCCGAUGAAGGUAAACCACCUCCAGAGAAGAAGGCUAAAAUAGAAGAUGUAUUGUCUAACAAUCAACAAGAGGUAAAAUCAGAACCAAACGAUGAACCAACGAUGGAAGAAAAAUACAAUUCGUAUGAGGACAGACAUCAAGAAGAUAAAAGCUUUAUUUUUCCUCAAGCUCCUUCGCAAAGCCCCGCACCAAAUAUGAAUCAUUCUGACCAUCAACAAAAUAUAUCACGACCACAAACACCAACACAUCUGUCUUUAAACUCUUUGAUUCAGUCUCAGUUAGACUCAAUACCAGCUACUAGUAUACCGCAGCCACCUCAUCCAUCGAUGCUGCCACCGAAACUAAAUCCGAAUUUCACGUCCCCAAACUCCGCGCCCCCGAACGUCCUACCUUUGACCCCAAAUCGCAGCCUCAGUCCUGGCAGAGGACCGGCGGAUUUCGGACUUUCCGGGGGCAACUCGAACGGAUCCAACAGCUCGGGGUCUUCUGGCAAACGCGCCAACAGAACUAGAUUUACUGAUUAUCAAAUCAAAGUUCUACAAGAAUUUUUCGAAAACAACGCUUAUCCAAAAGAUGAUGACUUGGAAUACUUAUCAAAACUACUUGGAUUGAGUCCUCGAGUAAUAGUUGUAUGGUUCCAAAACGCACGACAAAAAGCAAGGAAAGUAUACGAAAACCAACCUGCUGCUGAACCACCUGCUGGAGCAACAGAUGAUGCUAAUCGAUUUCAGCGGACUCCUGGCCUUAACUAUCAGUGUAAAAAGUGCCAACUAGUUUUUCAGAGAUACUAUGAGUUAAUAAGACAUCAAAAAACGCACUGUUUUAAGGAAGAAGACGCCAAGAGAUCGGCACAGGCUCAAGCAGCUGCCGCUCAAGUAGCCGCUACAUUGAGUAGCGAGGAUUCGAAUUCAAGUACCGUGGAACAUCAUGCUCCUCAUAUACCAGUGUCGCCAGCACCACCUCGCACUCCGACUCCAGCCGCCCCUAACUAUCCAGUAUCACCUGCCCCUCCAGCCCCCCAUACCCCAGUUACGCCUCUAACACAUACUCCACGUGAAGAAAAGGAUGGAAAUUUUCAAUGUGAUAAAUGUAACCUAGUCUUCCCUCGAUUCGACCUAUGGCGGGAGCAUCAACUUGUUCACAUAAUGAAUCCUAAUUUGUUUCCUACAUAUCCGCCAGAUUCUCCAUUUGGUAUCCUGCAACAACAUGCUCAAUUACAACAACUAAAUGCUUCACUAGGAAAUGAUGAAGCCAGGCAUCCAUUAGUAGCAGCUUUAAAUCAACAAGUAGCUAAAAGAAAAUUUGAUGACUUUGAAGAGACCGAAAUCGGAGAACAACCUAAAGAUAAGAGGUUAAGAACUACAAUUUUACCUGAGCAAUUAGACUAUCUUUAUCAAAAGUACCAAAUAGAAUCGAAUCCUUCUCGUAAAAUGCUCGAAAACAUUGCACGUGAAGUGGGGUUAAAAAAGAGAGUAGUUCAAGUUUGGUUUCAAAACACGCGAGCACGUGAAAGAAAAGGACAAUUUCGAGCACACGCACAGGUCAUAAAUAAACGAUGUCCUUUUUGUCCCGCACUAUUCAAGGUCAAAAGCGCAUUAGAAAGUCAUCUGAGUACAAAGCAUGCAGACCAAUGUGCGAGAGGUGAAAUCAAUGUUGACGCUUUGCCAGACGAAGAAUUAAGUACAGAGUCUACACCUAGUUUUGGCUCACAACAAAGUGACAGACAGCAAAAUUUUUCCCAAGCGGGGGCUCCCAUGUUGCCCCCUAUAUUCCCGCCUUUUCACUCAGACAUGGAGAAAUUUAUCAAGCAGUACAGUGAAGAAUCGAUGAAACGAUAUGUAAGCGAAUUACAAGCACAUGCUGCUGCUCAACAAAAUGGUAGCAAUGAAUCUAGUGAAAGACGACCAGAACAUGGAAAAUCGGAAAUACCCUUAGAUCUCAGCAAGCCUGUAGACCUAUCACGACCUGGUUCUGAUGCUGAUGAGCGUUCAGAUACCGCAUCAGAGACAAUGGAAUUCUAUGAAGAAGACGAGCCUACGUCACCAGUGACGGGCCAGCCACAAACACCCAGACCUCCAGGCAAGCGCUUCCGUACACAAAUGUCGUCAUUACAAGUGAAAAUAAUGAAAUCACUAUUUAAUGACUACAAAACGCCAACGAUGGCAGAAUGCGAAGCACUCGGGCGCGAGAUCGGUCUACCUAAACGUGUAGUGCAAGUUUGGUUCCAAAACGCACGUGCCAAAGAGAAGAAAGCGCGGCUUGCGGCUGGUCUGUCGGAGGUGUCAGAUGCUGCACCACCGGAGGAGUGCCGCGUGUGCGACUUCAAAUACAGUCACAAGUACUCGGUACAAGACCAUGUGUUCACGCGCGGACACAUCGCGGCGGUGCGCGCGCGGCUCGAGAGCGGCGUCGGCGGCGUCGCUGGCAUCGGCGGCGGCGAGGACAGCAGCACGCUCGCGCUUAUGCAAAUGGCAGCGCGCCUGGAGAGCGGCCUCGGUGGGGAUCUACACAACGCGUUCCUGCGGCCUCAGCUCGCUGGCAACGGUGAGUGCACCUGACCUCCCUCGCCGCUCGGCGCUAUCACGCGCUGCGCGACUUCGGGCCCUUAGUUUAAAACCUCGCGAGUUAUUCCUUUUGUACCACAUUGUCAUUGAAUUCCAUUAUCAAUUGUAAAAUGUUGCCGCUGGAAUGUGAUACAGAAGGAGUUGUCGAAUUUCGUAGCGGCGAGCUUCGCUCGAUUGAAUGCAUGUAACGCGUUCGUUUUGAUAAUGCCACUAUUACAAACAAUUCGAGCGAAGCUCAUUUCGUGCCGUGACGGUCGUUGCUCUAUUUUCCUACUAGUGAGUCCUUUUGUAAAUAAAAUUUAGUUGUUACUUGAAAUAAUUUUACGAUAUCGCCACGCAGUGUCGGUUGUUCAAUUUAAAAUUAAUAUCAGCAACGACGUAGAAUUCAUAAUGGGUAAACGGAUCCUCAAAUAAAUGGUUUUCUAUUCGGUUUGUCUCAUGCAAAAGCUAAUGGAGGCACGUACACGAUUCAAUCUCAGAAAUUAUUUUGUAAUUCAAAUAAUUACCAAGUACCUAUAGCUCGAAGCGUGGCAACCUGACCGAAACAGUAAAAAACAUUUCUCAAUCUACUGAUAAUAAUGUAACCUUAAAAUUAGUGUGAAAUGGAUUAUUUUUUCUUUGGCUCGGGUGCCAGAGGUUUGUUUUCGAUUAAUUGUGAGCAGUCGUUCGGUCGGUUGUGUUAUGUAGUCCAGAUGACGGCUCGUCAGGGCGAGAGGUUGGCCUAUGGGCGGUUUACGCCGCGGCCGCUAUUCAAAUGCAAACGAAAUAACAAUGGUAGGAGAUGGGACGCGUGAAGGACGCCGUGGAUCUAAUGGAACCGAUCUGACGCUUGCAUUUCGCUCCACAUGAAUAAUCAAUUAUUCAAAUGACGCCAAUCAGAAUACUUUCUUGGAAAUUUCACUCGAAUACCUUUUAUUAUUGAUUUAUUGUUUUUUUUUGUUAUAUUAUUAAUGGCACAACCGACAUUACGAGGCCGUCUAGAAUAGUAAUCUGUUGCAUAAUAUUAUUCUUCCUAGUUGUUCAUAUUUAAAACUCCUAUUAGAUGUAGCGAUUUGUCGAUUGUUGUAGGAUUGUAAUGAAAACCAAAUUAUAUAUUUUAGAAAAUUUAAAACAUUUUAGUUAUCGUGUAAAGUCAUAGCGAAGCCUGAAGUCUAUAUAACUAUUUAAAUAAGGUGCCUUUUAAGAUUGAAGUGUUUUGUAAAUUAUUAUCUCUGAACUCUGUAUAUAAUUAAAAUUUGUACAAGUAUACUAUUAGUUAUAAUGAUCAUUAGUAGUACGCUGUAAAAUUGUCUCCGAUCAUUGUUCGUAACGAGUAUGUGUUACGAUAGUUAUCUAUAUAUAGGUAGAUAUAAAUAAAUAUACAUAUUGUUUGUUUCGUCGAGGCGUCUUAAGAACUUGUGAUAUAACUGUACAUCUAAUUAUUUAGUAUUUCGAAUAUAUUACACAAAGGUCUCGCGACAGAGGCGCGAGCGUCGAAGUACAAAAGUACAUACAGACAUAACAUUAGGAGUUUGUCACGUUUUACAUAAUAAAUAAUAAUGUUGUUUGUCGUGUGGGGUCUGGGGUCCCGCCGGCUGCAGUUUUUGCUAUUCCCCAAGACAUUUACAUGAAACUGGAUCGGGAUUGGGGAGUUAGGCGAUAUGCAAAUAUUUUCUUCAAAUUUAAAUGCUUGAUACAAUUGCCGCCAGCGUGUGCGACGCCCUGCGCACGCGCUGCGGGUGUCGCCAUUCUUCUAUUUAUUUAUGUGGAAAUUUUUACCUCGCCUUAGCGUCUUGAUACGUCUCUAUUGAUCUUUCAAAUGCAAAUAUUACACUUUACGAUAGCAAAUAUAAUGGAACGUUAUUUACCCACUCGAAAUGUACACACACCGCUCUUAUUUGGAGCAUGCCUAUUUGCAUAUCGCUUUUUUAUAUUAUUUUUAAUUUUUAUUUUAUUUCGUUAUGUUUGUAUUUAUUUUUGUUCUUUGAUUUUAUUCUAAAUAUUUUGUUUCGUCGUGUAGAUAUUAUUAUCAUUAGCGUCAGGGCCACUGGCGUCGACUAGGUUCGACUUUGCCUCCAAUACGACUUCCAUAAUUUAAUUUUAAUUUGUAUAAUUUAAUUUUAACUCAUAACUUUGCGAUCUGCAUUUACUGUUAUUAAAAUGAACGUUGUUCAGUAGUUGUUUGAAUACAAAGUCCAGUGCCAGCCAGUGAAGGUUUUCUUUGAUGUUGUGACGUCAUCGUCACAAUCGUGAAAGAGUGAAAGUCUUGUAAACUGAAUAGUAUUAUUAUAAUUAUUAUCUACAGUUAUUAUAUUUGCAGAAUUCGUUGAAAUAAAUGCAAUAUUUAUAUUAUUGAUUU